UCUUCCUAAUCUCAUCCCGUUUGGACCCAAAAACCACAAAACCAAAAGAAACCAAACCACACCGUUCUCUCUCUCUCUCUCUCUCUCUCUCUCUUUUUCUCUUUCCUCUUCUCUCUCUAACCAAACCCUAAACACGAAGACUUUCUUUUCUCUUUCUGAAAUUUCAAAUUCGCAAUCCGAUGUUCUAAUCCGACAAAUCUCUGCGUUGAUCCGGCUUACAUAGAUUUAAUGCUGUUUUUGGUUAAUCAAACAUACUUGAUGGACGAUGAUUACACAUAUGGAUAAAAUGUCAGCUCCUUCAUCAAGGGAGCGUGCCCAACGCCUCUAUGACAAGGUUGUUGAAUUGGAGAAUAGGCGUCGGAGGUCUGCUCAAGCUCGAAUUCCCUCAGAUCCCAAUGCCUGGCAACAGAUACGUGAGAAUUAUGAAGCAAUAAUUCUCGAGGAUCAUGCUUUUUCUGAGCAGCACAAUAUUGAGUAUGCUUUGUGGCAGCUGCAUUACAAGCGUAUUGAGGAAUUGAGAGCACACUUUAGUGCUGCUACGGCUUCUGCAAGUUCAAACUCAUCUCAGGCUGUGAAGGGCCCUGCUCGGCCUGAUCGGAUUACAAAAAUAAGAUUGCAGUUUAAAACAUUCCUUUCAGAGGCAACUGGAUUUUAUCAUGAUUUGAUAGUGAAGAUCAGAGCAAAGUAUGGGCUCCCUCUCGGGUAUUUCUCUGAGGAUUCGGAAAAUAAAAUUGUUAUGGACAAGGAUGGAAAGAAAUCUACUGAAAUGAAGAAAGGCCUGAUAUCAUGCCACCGAUGUUUGAUCUACUUGGGUGAUCUUGCACGCUACAAAGGAUUAUAUGGGGAGGGGGACUCCAAAACUCGUGAGUAUGCUGCAGCCUCAAGUUACUACUUGCAAGCUGCAUCUCUCUGGCCAUCAAGUGGGAAUCCCCAUCAUCAGCUUGCUAUUUUGGCAUCCUAUUCGGGGGAUGAGUUGGUGGCUGUUUAUCGAUAUUUUCGUAGCCUGGCGGUGGAUAGUCCCUUUUCAACUGCAAGGGAUAACUUGAUUGUUGCAUUUGAGAAGAAUCGUCAGAGUUACUCUCAGCUGCCGGGGAAUACUAAUGCUUCUGCAGUCAAAGAGUUGCCUGCACGAUUGACAGGCAAAGGUAGAGGGAAAGCGGAAGCAAUACCUGCAUCUAAAGAUAACAAUACAGAAGUGAGCCUUGUUAAGGAAAAAGCAUCCAGUACUCAGGAAACUUAUAAGGCUUUUUGCAUACUGUUUGUCCGUCUAAAUGGAAUUCUUUUCACACGUACUAGCCUGGAGACAUUUGUAGAAGUUCUCUCUGUGGUAAGCAGUGGUUUAUGUGAGCUCCUGUCUUCUGGAGCAAAGGAGUUGCAGAAUUUCGGUGCAGAUUCUGUUGAGAAUGGACUUUUCAUUGUUAGACUUGUCUCCAUAUUGAUAUUCACAGUUCACAAUGUGAAGAAGGAAAGUGAAGGUCAGACAUAUGCUGAAAUUGUACAACGUGCUGUCGUACUGCAGAAUGCAUUUACUGCUGUCUUUGAGUUGAUGGGGCACAUCUUAGAGAGAUGCGUCCAGUUGUGUGAUCCUUCUUCAAGUUUCCUGUUACCGGGCAUUCUGGUGUUUGUAGAAUGGUUAGCAUGUUGCCCGGAUGUUGCAGCUGGAAGUGAUGCAGAUGAAAAACAGACUAAAGUUAGAUCAAAGUUCUGGAUGGUUUGCAUCUCCUUCCUGAAUUGUAUCUCGUCAACAGGGCCGGUGUCCAUAGAUGAUGAUGAAGAUGAGACUUGCUUUAAUAAUAUGAGCAGAUAUGAAGAAGGGGAAACUGAGAACCGUCUUGCUUUGUGGGAGGAUUUUGAGUUGAGAGGAUUCAUUCCACUUCUUCCAGCGCAAACUAUAUUGGAUUUCUCAAGGAAGCAUUCUUUUGGAAGUGACGGCCACAAGGAAAAAGGGGCCCGUGUUAAACGGAUUGUGGCGGCAGGCAAGGCUCUUGCAAAUGUGAUUAAGGUUGACCAGAAGGCAGUAUAUUUUGAUUCAAAGGCAAAGAAAUUUGUCAUUGGUUUUGAGCCUCCAGUGCAAAAUGAUUUUGUUCCUACCUCCUAUAUGGGCAUGGCUACUGAAAAUGAUAAUCUGCAAGAAAAUCAAGCAGAGAAUACAAUGAAGUUGGGAGUUGCAUAUCCAAAGCCUGAGUUAACCACGGAAGGGGAUGAGGAAGAUGAAGUAAUAGUUUUUAAGCCAAUAGUGGCUGAGAAGCGGCCUGAUGUGAUAAACACUACUUGGGCAGAAUAUGAGGGCCUGGUGCCUGGUAAAAAUGCUUCUCCAGGUGAUCUUAAAGUUAAUGGCACUUAUGUCACUGCCCCUUUUGAUAAUCUUCGCCAUCAAACCGCUUUUAGUGCUGGUUCACAAAUACCUGUAUCUGUUGGUAAUGGUAUACCCCAACAUUUGCAAUCAAUUCAGUCACAUGCUUCCAAGCUGUCAAUGGAAGCUGGUUUUGGUGCUAGUUCACAACUACCUGUAUCAGUUUCUAAUAGUAUCCCCCAGAAUUUGCAACCACCUCAAUCACAUGCUUUGAAGUUGUCAACAGAGGAAGAAAUGUCUCUUGCUCACAGCUUAAAGAGUAUGGGAUUUAUGGGGAAUGGGUAUGUACUUGCAUCUGAGCCUGUGGCAGUUUCAGUUCCAUUCCAGCAGCCAGUGAAUGGUAGUACUAGUGGUAUGGUCUACAGCCACACAAAAGCUCCAGAAGCUAUGUUGCCGUUUAAGGUUGAUGCUAUAUCAUCUUCUGGAGCAAUUGCUGAUGGUUUGACUGUAAAGACAUCAUCUAACCUGCCCACAGGUAUCCGAAAGAAUCCAGUAAGUCGACCUGUUAGGCAUCUUGGUCCACCACCUGGUUUUAGCCCUGUUCCUCCUAAAAAUGUGAAUGAAUCGAUUUAUGGCUCCGACUCAAUGAGUGAGAAUCUACUGAUGGACGAUUACAGCUGGUUGGAUGGAUAUCAGAUGCCAUCUUCAACUAAAGGAAAUGGGUUCAAUAGCUCCAUUAAUAUCUCAUCUCAUUCAAAUCCCAAUCGCUUCAUUAACGGCAAUGGCUUGAAUGGGCCAGUGAACUUUCCCUUUCCUGGUAAACAGGGUCCACCUAUGCAACUCCAAGGCGAAAAACAGAAAAGCUGGCAAGAUUUUCAGAUGCUCGAUGAGCUCAAACUACACCAUGAAAUGCAGCUGCAGCAACAACUUGUAAAUGGAAAUCAGCACUUGACUCCUCAGCCUGAGCAAUAUCAAGGACAGUCUGCCUGGACAGGCCGUUAUUUUGUGUGAAGUCAGUAUGGUUAUGAUGGUUCUUGAGGAUGAUCCUGGUGAAUGUCCGCAUUGCCUUUUGCUACCGAAUUCAAACUCCAAAUUUGAAGCUUUGUCAAUGUUAAUUUUCUGUUGGAGCAUUGGUGGCCUUGGCUUCUUGCUGGCAGUUACAACUACACAGAUUUUGCGAAAGCUCUCCAGCUCGGAGGAUGAGAAAUAUGGAUACAUGUUUUGUGCUGCGAAGUUCAUAAGAAGUAAGUGCCUUGUCUGGUUACAUGGGGGGUGGAUAGAGAACGUGUUAAUAAGAUCAUCUGUUGGUUUUGAGGCUUUUAUGCCUCCAGCAAUUGGUGGAAUAAAAUUGGUGUACUCACUCUUCUUCUGAACUGUUGAAGCAUAUUUUGCUGUGGAUACUGGUAAUCAUCAGCUGGGAGGUGGUUUAGUAUGUAAUUCUAGUUGAGGUUUCUUGCACGACAAGCUUCGGAGGGCUCUGAGUUGCACAGAUUAUUGGGAAUGUGGAAGGAAAUCAUACUAUGUAUCUGAAAUGGGAUGUGGUAGGUAUAAAAUAUUUCACUGUGAAGAUUUAAGAGUGAGUCAUGUCGUGAGUACUACUACUACUAGUGUGGUGAAUGGUCAUGGUGUCCCAAUUUGAGAUUUGAACAGAAAAAAUGUUUUUAUUGAUCUUAGUAUGGUGGUGAGUGAUAUAUUCUACCCUUUUAUGAAGUCGGGGUUUACUAGAACUUCAUAUAAUUAAAAUAAUAUAUGUGAACAAUAUGCAUUGUUGAAUGUUAAAAACAUAUUCAAGUUUUAAGUUUUCUUGCU